AUGGCUGAGAAGAGCUUCGCCCGGGCUCUGAGCGCUUCCCUCCGCAGCGAAGAUCUCCUAAGCGACGUGGAGCUGCUGCCGGCCUCGGACCCCCCCACCCCUGGGCAGCAGGUGCCUUCUUCUCAGCCGGCCACCCCAUACAGCUCCAAAGUCACCACCCAGCUCUACGCCUCCCUUCGCCAGAGCCGGCAGGCCGAGGCUCUGGCUUUGUCUCGGCUGGAGGACCAGCAGGGCUCGGCCCUGGCUAGGAAAGCCAUGGAUGCCGACGUCGAUCUGGACACGCUAGCGGAAGAGCUUAGCCACCGGCUUUCCGCCAGCGUGGAAGCCAGUGCAUUUAGACAGGGUGCCGUGCCCGAAUCCCGCCACAUUUCCGAGAUGGAGAACGUCCGGGGCCACCUCCAGAGUAUGUUGCGAGGAUCCAGAGAUGGGCCUGGGGGCCCGACGGCCACGCUGGAGUCCCUGGAACGCAAAGAUGACGACUCCUUUGAAAGCGACAGCACGGGUGUUCUGCUCAACGCCCGUCCUCUGCACGAGGUCUCCCCUCCGGGAUCCCUGGCCAGCUUUGAGGAGCUGUUCCCGCGCUACACCAGCCUGCGCCUGGGUCACUUCCACGAUCAGGUCUCGCAACCGGAUCCCCGCUUGCUCAAAGACGCUUUGGAGAAAGAACAGGCCCGGCGGAAAAAAAUGUCGGACCUGGAAGGACGUCUCCAGCAGGCCUUGUCCGCCCUCAGCCGGGAACAGCAGCUGGCCAGCCAGUACUACAGGGAGAAGGAGACCUUGGAGAAGGAGAAGUCCAGCCUGUCCUGCAGCUUGGAGGCCGAGCGUAUCCGGGCCCAGAGCCUGGAAGCCGAAUGGGAUUCGGACCGGCGCCGGCAGGACGCCCUGCGGGCCACCCUGGAGGAGCAGCAGAGGAGCUGGGCCCAGCGGGAGAAACAGCUGGAACAGCAGCGCCAGAUGCUGCAGGAGGAGAGCCGGCUGCAUCUGGAGAAGGAGAAGGUGAGGAAGGCCAAGCUGGAGUCAGAGCUGAAGGUGGCCUUGGAGCAGCGGGUGACGGAGCGCCUGGCCGAGGUUCACGAGGACAGCCUGCGCCAAAUGAGCGCCAUGCGGGAACAGCACAGGAAGCAGUUGCUGGAGCUCGGCGGCCACCACGAGAAAGAGUUGGCCAAACAGCUGGCUCAGUUCAAGGCGGAUCUGGCCGAGAAGGAGGCCCAGCAGAAGCACCUCGCUGAGGACUAUGAACAUAGGAUCUCCAAGCAGCACGAAGAGUUGCGGGAGCUGAGGAGCAGGUACCGGCACCUGGAGGCUCAACGGGCCGAGAUGGUCAGCCAGUUCCAAGCCAUGAUGCAGGCCCAUUGGAACGAGGCCCUGCGGCUCUUCGCCAACAGCCGCGCCCCCCUGCAGCCCUCGCCCAAAGCCCCACGCCAGGAGGCUGACGCAGACCCCCCCUCCGCGUCGGAAUUUCUGCCCCCCUCCGAACCAGUGAAGAGGACCGCGAAGGGGGAGGCCCUCUGCAGCAAUCCGGGCAUGGGCGACUGCAAGGAGCUGGGGUGGGCCAAGGCGGUGCCACUGCAGCCGGUCCUCCAGCAGCAGACCCGGUUCCAAGGGGUCUCCGAAGGAGCCGAGAAGCGCCCGCGGGAGUCUUCCCGGCACUUUCUGCCCCUGGUGCCGGACGUGGGGCGCCUCUCCUCCGAAUUCAGCCACAUCCUCAACUCCAGCCUGCUCAGCCAGCAGGGCUUCCAGCAGCUGGACCCCCAGGUGGACACCACCGUUGCCGGAGCAGGUUUGAAUUUCCACCCGGAAAACCUGGCCGAGCACCCCUUUGCGGACGAGAGGGACGACUCCAGCCCUGAGCGGGCAGGGAACGAGAGCUCACUCACUCAGCCCAGCACUGGGGAGAGCGGGGCGCAGGGCCCGCAGCCGGACCUGAACUACUACAUGCGUCUG